UUAGGAAAAAAAGCUAUUUUAGUGCUGAGGAAAACAAGAUAUGGCCGCUUGCACACAACAGAGGGGUAGCACAGCCUGAUGUUGCAAUCCACUUGACACGGAAAAGUCUUGAAGUAGAAGGGAGCAGAACGUGUCACAUGAAAGCAGAGCACAGUACACUGAAACAGACUGCAGAAUAAAUCUGUUCAUGAAGAGGAUUUACUAAAGUUUAACACAACAAGCAAUUCAUUUCAAGGUUUGUAUCUCGGAGAUCAGGGCGACUUAUGAAAUAAACAUUCUUUAAGAUUCCUGUAAAUAAGAAAGCGGGUAAACUUGUUUUGACGUGUAAUAUCAGUUCAUCCACAGAGGUGCGCUCGUGAGUCUUUAUCUCUGCUCGUUUCACUUUCGCUUUAAAGUUGAGCGUAAAAAUGGCUCAGAGUAAAGCAGACAGAAGUAGUCCGGAGUUAGAUCGUCCCAACAUGUCAGACGCACCAGUGCAGGGGCUUCCUGAUGUCAGUCUCUCGUCCAGAAGAAUCGUUCUUCUGGGUAAAAGUAAUGUUGGGAAAAGUGCAGCAGGAAACACAAUCCUGGGACAGAGAGCGUUCAGAUCUGAGAGAAUGAGAUCAGUGAGCAAUAAAUGUUCAGAAGCACACGGCACUGUUUCAGGCAGAUCUGUGUCUGUAGUCGUCACUCCUGCUUUCUUCAACACAGAGAUGAGUCCUGAACAAUUUGCGAUAGAGAUGUCGAGAAGUGUGUAUUUAUCCAGUCCUGGACCUCACGCUUUCCUCAUCGUGUUUCCGGUGAAUAUGAGACUCACCGAUCAGGACGAGAAGAUUCCUCAGGAGAUCAAGAUGAUGUUUGGUCGGGAGGUGUUAAAAUACUCCAUCGUCCUCUUCACUCACGGAGAUCAGCUGAAAGAGCCUAUAGAGGAACUCAUCGAGGAGAACAGUAGAAUGAGAGAUAUAGUUGAUCUGUGCGGAGGCAGAUAUCAGGUGUUCAACAACAGAGACAUAUAUAACAGAAAGCAGGUGAAUGAUCUACUGAAGAAGACUGACACAAUGAUAGAGCAGAACGGAGGAGGACACUACACUCAUCAGAUGCUUGAAGACGCUUUGAGAUCCAGACAAGAAGAAGAAGACCAGAGACUGAGAGAGGAAGAGCAGAAACGGAGAGAGAUAGAGGAGAGAUUGAGGGAGGAAGAAAGAAAACGACAAGAGAAGAAACCAGUGCAAGAGGAGAUUGCAGAGAAACCCCAGACGUCUGAAGAAAACCGACCGAAAGAGGAGGAAUGUAGAAAACAAGAAGAAAAAGGUUCUGGAUUAAAAAUGGAGGGAACACACUUAAUGCCAAAAGUGUGUUUGAAUUUGGUCUUGCUGGGAAGAACAGGAGCUGGGAAAAGUUCAACGGGAAACACGAUACUGGGACGACAAGCUUUUAGUUCAAUGGAAAGCUACAGACCCGUCACUCAAAAUAUUGCUGCAGAAGUCGGCCAUGUUUGUGGAUUACUGAUCGCUGUUUAUGACACGCCGGGAUUUUCUGGCGCAGAGCUGAGUAAAGAAGAGCUCGGGAAAUACGAAGAGGUUCUACAGAAGUGUGAAGCAGACUUGUGUGCGUUUCUCCUGGUUCUCCAGCCUCAGAGAUUCACUGAAGAAGAGAAGAAAACUGUGGAGGAGGUUGAAGCGCUGCUGGGAGAAACACUCCUGAAGAAAACCUGGAUCAUCUUCACCAGAGGAGACGAGCUGGAGGAUGAGAACAUGAAGAUUAAUCAUGUCAUUAAUGAUAACGCGUUCUUGAAGAAACUUACUCAGAACUACGAGGGCAGAUGGCACGUGUUUAACAACAAGAAAAAAGGGCAGAGCGACCAAGUGAAGUCUCUGAUAACUAAAAUAUUCCAGAACAACUUAAAGAACCUUUCCAGAAAUCCCUGGCAAAGUAUUCCCAUCAGUAUCCAACACUCCGGCGUGUCGUUUAGAAGGAUUAUGCUGCUGGGAAAAAGCGGUGCUGGGAAAAGUUCAGCUGGAAACACAAUACUGGGAAAGAAAGAGUUUGAAUCUGAUUCAGGUUCAGAAACUCGUGAAUGUUCAGAGAAGCACGGCACUGUUUCAGGCAGAUCUGUGUCUGUAGUCGAUACUCCCGGGUUCUUCGACUCGGAGAUGAGUUCUGAACGUUUAAUGAACGAGAUCAUGAGAAGCGUUUAUCUAACCAGUCCUGGACCUCACGCUUUCCUCAUCGUGUUUAAUGUAAAUAUGAAGAUCACUGAGCAGGAGGAGAAGAUUCCUCAGAUGAUCGAGAUGAUGUUUGGUGAGAAGGUGUUAAAAUACUCCAUCAUCCUUUUCACUCAUGGAGAUCAGCUGAAAGGAAAGAGCAUGGAGCAAGUCUUUAAAGAGAACAGCAGGUUCAGGCGUGUAGUAGAUCAGUGUGGAGGCAGAUAUCAGGUGUUCGAUAAUAAAGAUCGGAAAAACAGAAAACAGGUCGAUGAUCUGCAGCAGAGGACUGACACGAUGAUAGAGAAGAAUGGAGGACACUACAGUGAUCAGAUGUAUGAGGACGCUUGGAAAUUUAGACGAGAGGAAGAACAGAGGCAGAGAGUGAGAAAGCCAGAAGUGAAUUACAGUAAGGCUCUUCUCUAUGGUGCGGUUGCUGCUGGAGCUGUUGUGGGUGGAGCUUUAGGCGUCGGAGCUGCUGUCGGAGCUGCUGUCGGAGCCUUCGUCGGCGGAAAAGCUGCUGCUGGAUUCAUUGAUGCUCGGAAACAGAGAGAGGAAGAAGAGAGAAGACAACAAGAGGAAGAGGAAGAAGGCUGACACUCGAGACAGAGCUACGGUACAGAGCUGCAACCGACUGAUGAAUUCAACCUGCGGCACAUCACUGUUUAGGAUGGCGCUUGAUUGGCUGAUCAUCUUCGUCAUCAUCAUCCUCACUGCUGUGCUGCAGCUGGAGAACCCAAAAACAAAUUCUGUCAUUUUUUUACAAAAAAAGAUGCUGGCAGCUUGUAAAACAAUACAGAAAAACUGUAAACACAUUUGCAGCCCAAAACGGUACAAUUUACAGGAUAAAACUGUAAUUUAAAAACAAGAACAAUUGCAUGUAAGCCAAAAUCAGUUUUUGUACUUCUAACAUGCUGACACCACCGUAAUAAUGGUGGAAAAAAGAGAAAGCACACAAAGUAUUAAAAGCUCAUCACAAGCAGAAGUAUUAAUAUAUAAUUAAUAUAUAUAGAGUCAUUCAUACAAACACAAAACCCCAUCACAGUAAAACGCAUGAAUAAUGCAAUAAUUUUGAAAUAAAAUACUUUAGGGAAUAGGGAAUUCUGGGAAUAUCAUUUUACAGUUCUGACUGUAAAUUAUACAUUGAAAUGUUCUAUUCUUUUAUUUAAAAAAGGGUAAAAUUAAUAGCAUUUUAUUGUACAAUUACAUUAAAUGUCUGAUGUAUGUAUUAGUUUUUCUCUGUAUAUAGUACAGGAAUUUACUGUUAACCUGCUAAAUCUUACUGUUACAAUUUUACAGUUAGAAUUACAAAUAUUUAUUACAGUGUACAAUAUAAAGUCAUUCACCAGACCAGCUGGAAGUGAACACUUUUACAUACAGGGAAUAUGUAUGAAUUGAUCAACUCUAUCUAAAAAAUAUUUCACAGUCACAAACAUUGAAGGAUUCUGAUAAAAGUUAGAAAGACAUGAAAAUAUAUAUCCUGAACUUCUAUUAUUUGUCUUCUUACAUUCAAUAGGAGCAAAGAAAUUCCCGCAUGUUCUGUUAAAGGAGCCGGACAGACUUCACAAGAGUAGAUGAAUGGAGAUAGAUAUUCUGAAACCAAUCAAAGGUCGAUUGGAGACUUUUUAGACGUAUCGUAUUUGAACCAGGUGAAUGAAUCAAUUGAAGAAAGAUCAAUGAACAAAAAUCAGUAAUGAGAGGCUUAAUAAUAUGACCAGUUGUCCUUGAGGGAAACCUGUCAAUAUUGUUAUUAGGAGUCUCGUUGAAAUCACCAAAUGUAAUGAGAAAGGCAGAUGGGAAUUUACCUCGUAAUAGUGAUAUCAUUCUGCAAAUGGUUAUGCAAAUUUUUAAACGCUGACACCUUGUGUACUUUGUCAUUUUUUCUCUCAAGAGAUGUAUGUAUAGUUUAACUUGAGUACUGUAUCUCUCUGUAACAGCUGUGAGGCUCUUGGUAAGAAAACGAUCCAGAAAGGAACGGGUUCGACUGACGCUGAGUGCAGUAAUAAAACACGUUCUCAUUCACUGACACUGAUUCUGUGUGGAGUGUGGUCAGGGUUGUUGAUGGUCGUCAUUGCAGUUAUUGUAAAGAA